UGGAAUUGCUACGAGUUUGAUCUACGUAUCGACAUCUCGGCACGGCCGGUUGACAGUCGAAAAGGUCGCUGAUCUGAAGCGUCCUCACUAAUUUCAAAAAGAAAGAAAAAACGGGUCUGAUCGACUCGUACUAUGGAUGACGCUCCCUUUGAUAUGGUCUCGAUUCAAACCUCCCAGGCUGUGCUUGUUUCAUGGAGACCGGUACCACCAAAGUCCAACGCCAACAGUACAUUCCAAUACGAUAUCUGUCACUCAAUCCGGGCAGUGCAUGCACUACCCAGGCAAUUUCGAACCCCCCGCAAGUUCAAGACCUCGAAUCAAGCAUCGACCAGUCCAGGACACCCAUGCCCAGAUGACGCACGAUAAGGCUUCUCGGCAGCCGGGGAGUGACGGUGGGCCUCAGGUGCCUCCGGCCAACCGAGAGAUAUGUGGCUUCACCGCUAACACGACACUUCGCUCGAUACGAAGGCGUCGGUUGUCCAUCAAUGUGGACGACUCAUCAAUACGAUAGCGCAAGGUUCAGACCAGGACCCGUCCAGACGACGCGAAUCCUCCAUUCCACAAACCCCGACUUCAAUGGACCAGAACAUUACCUGCAAACUUAUGAUCAACGUCGCCAGAAGGCCCCAUCAAAACGGCCCAGGUGCGGUUUUAGGCAGAGUUGUUUCUGUUUUAGACAACAAGAGCUUGAUUCAGGUGCCCUUGCACCGAUCCAUCAAGAUGUCACACAACAGUGCCGACGCGCGUCCUCGCCCAACGACUUGACAAAGAGAGAAAUCCUGGCUGGAACCCAAAUUCCCUCUCUGAUCUUAGUCGCUAAGAUUGAGUUGGAGGAGGUCCUUUGGGGUCUUUACUGUGCUUCCAAGGAUGAAGGACCCGGUCGAGG